AUGUCGUCGAGAACACCCACUGGCCAAGAGUGCCAUCGCAGUCGCGACGAGUCCGCGCCACUGCUGCAGAAUGGCCACUUAGAAUCGGGCCAACUUGUAUCCGUCCGCAUUGCGCGUCGUCUUUACGUGUCACAUUUCCUGUCAACAUGGAACUCCCGCGUCUUCGAGUUCGGGGCCGUAUUAUACCUGGCUACCAUUUUCCCGGGUACCCUAUUACCAAUGUCGGCGUACGCAUUGACACGUGGCCUCUCUGCAAUAUUUUUCGCGUCAGUUGUCGGACAUUACAUUGAUGGUGGCAACCGCUUGCAAGUCGUUCGUGUGUCCAUUGUCUUACAGAGAUUCGCGGUCGCUAUAUCUUGUGGUGUGUUCUAUGCUCUCACCCUCGAGCUGCCCAGUGCGAACUGGGAAGUUGGAUUGCUCGUGCUCAUUACUGUCCUCGCCUGCGUGGAAAAGCUAUGCUCUAUCAUGAACCAGGUGUCUGUGGAAAAGGACUGGGUUAUCGUCGUGGCUGCAGAGAAUGUUGAGGCUUUGAAAACCCUCAAUGCACAGAUGCGCCGCAUCGACUUGCUGUGCAAGAUAGUGGGCCUCCUCUUCAUCGCCCUCAUCGACGGUUUCUCUACCCAGCUUGCUAUUAUUCUUAAUUUCGCUGUGAAUGCCGCUUCUGUCGGGGUCGAGUACUUCGCAAUAGCGCACGUGUAUUAUGAGGUCCCCGAGCUUCAGAGGCCCAAGCGAACGGUACUUCGGCAACAAAUGCAAUCGGAAACCGGUCAGCCGAGCGACCCACGAGGAAGACCUAGCCGGCUUUGGUGCCAAGCAUAUGUUCUGUUCGAAAAGUCGAUGGCCGACUUCGGAUCCUACUUUCGCCACCAUUCAUUCCUGCCAUCCUUUGCUGGCGCCCUGCUAUACCUCACCGUCCUCAGCUUCGCUGGCCAGAUGGUCACAUACUUGCUCUCAGCCGGCUACUCCUCGACGCAAAUUGGCGUGGCUAGGACGUUCAGCGUAGUGUUCGAAAUUCUCGCCACAUGGGUGGCACCUUGGCUGAUUGGACUCAUUGGGCCAGUGAGGGCAGGUCUCUGGCUGAGUGGUUGGCAGCUCACAAUGCUGGUGGGCGGCAUAGCUGUGUUUCUGGUGUAUGAGAACAAUCCCCUUAUUUCGGCUACCGGACUCGUAGGCGGAACAAUACUUAGUCGACUGGGGCUUCGGGGUUUCGACCUAUGUGUCCAGCUCUUUGUACAAGAGGACGUCGAAGCGGGCAGUCGAGGAGCAUUUUCAGCGAUCGAAGCGGCCUGGCAAAAUCUCUUCGAAAUCCUCUCAUACGCGUCGACAAUCGUAUUCUUCCGCCCAGAUCAGUUCAAAUGGCCUUCGCUGAUCUCUGUUGCCGCCGUUACUUCGGCAAGCGCUGCAUACACCGUCUUUGUCUAUCAGCGCCGAGGCCACCUCCUGCAUUUGAACGCCAUAACGAGAUUUUUGGGUAGUAGCAUGGGGAAACAGCGGGAACGGGAGAGAGUCAUAGACAGAAUCACGUCCAUGACGGAUAUUUAA